AUGCCUAAAAUUGAAAAAUCAACGAAUAAGAGAAUGAGCAUUUUAUUUAAAAAUAUGAAAGUAAACUACCAGAAUAAAGGGCCGAAAGAGAUCCAAGUCGCCGUCUGUGGGGGGCAGAACUCCAAACGCGGGAGUGCCGGGGAGAACGCCCCCUCCCCCGAGCGGGAAUCGCAGGGGUGGGUGCCUCUUCCUCCGGGCCCUAGGACGUGCAACAGCAGUCUGUACGAACCGUCCGAGCUCCCCCGAGCAACUCACUUGGCAAACCCGAUCGUCAGCCACGCUCGAGUCCUCCACCGUGCACCGCACCCGGACGGCAGAAAGGUGCCAGGUGAAGGCGAGGUUGCGAGCCGGAACCAGGCGACCGGGACUGCCACAUGGCCGCCGCGCACGCCGCGUAGACGCAAGCCGAGGCGCGCACCGGGAAGGGCACAAAGGCUGGCCGUGCGACAUAAGCCCUUUAAGCUCCUAGGAAUUUUAGAUGUUGAAAACAUUCCCUGUGCACGGGAUUCGAUAUUGUAUGGUUCAUUAGGAUCUGUUGUGGCUGGCCUUGGACAUUUUUUGCUAACUAGUAGGAUUAGAAGAUCAUGUGAUGUUGGAGUAGGAGGAUUUAUCCUGGUGACUUUAGGAUGCUGGUUCCAUUGUAGGUAUAAUUAUGCGAAGCUAAGAAUCCAGGAAAGAACUGCCAGAGAUGGAAUUAAAAAUAAGAUUUUGUAUGAAAGUACCCACCUUGACCCUGAAAGAAAACAAAGCCCCAGCAAGAACAGCAGCUGAGCGGAAUCGAGCUUGAGGAUACAACUCUGUGGAGUCAGUGUGAAUAAAAUGGAGGGCAACUCUAUUAAACCUCGUAUGUACCAUUAGACUUUCAAUCAAGUAAAUAAAAGAUGUGUUGGUUGUA